CGCAGCGGCGGAGCAGCGCGGGGAGUGAGGAGGGUUUAGGGAGGACAAGAGGUGUUUUUCACUACAGUGGACAAAAAAAUGGGAGUCGAAAUUCCCACCUUCCGUGCGCGUCUACUUUACCCUGGCAGCUCCGCAGCUCAGCUCACACAGAGCAGGCUGCUCCUCCAGUGAACCGGACCACACCAGCACCAGCUCCUUGUCUCUGCGCACCAGUUCAAGGCUGAGCUUGUACGCAAACCCACGGCGGCGCGACAUCUCUCCCUGCACAUGUACUUCAGCUGUGGAUGCGCGCAACAAGUUCGGAUGGUUAUGUUUGAAAAGGAGUCAGGACACCUACUGGACCAGUCAACUACAACAGCAAUGCCUUCCAACAAGUACUCCGGUGCCGUCUUAGUGGAAAGCAGCAACGUGACCGCCACAGCGGCGGUGAACGGAGACACGCCCGUUGUUGCCGAGGGCCUAUCAGAGAACGACAGCGGCGUGGAGCUGGUCAACGACGACAGCCCCAUGACCGCAGCUGAGCCGCCGUCGCCCUUCAGCCCCAAACAGAGCGGAGGUGCUGCUUCGCCACAAGAUGGUAACCAGUGCACAAGAGGAAGCAGGAAGAGGAGCAGGAAGAGGACCGAGCAGGAGGAACGGGACUGGAACUCCUACAACGACAAGAAGGCGUCAAGAACAUCUCCGUCGGGCUUGAGACAGAGGCCGAGACCAAGAACCAUCUACCAGGCUGGGCUGAAGGCGCACUCUCAGAACAAACCUCGCAGGCAGAUCCGCAAACAGGAGCAAAGCAUGUUGAUGGUAAACACCGAGGAUUGCGCCCGUGGGCCCCGCAGGGCCGCUGCCGUGCCUGGAGGGACUCCAGAGGCGCCGUGCUUGGAGCUAAUGGAACAAGACUCCAAAGACUCGGCCCAGAGCAGCAGCACCACGUCCAGCUCCGAAGUCCAACCAGAAUACAACGACAACAAAGGUUUCGGAAUCGGCCAGCUGGUCUGGGGGAAAAUCAAGGGCUUCUCCUGGUGGCCCGGCAUCGUGGUGACGUGGCGGGCCACGGGCAAACGGCAGGCCAGCCACGGCAUGAGGUGGCUGCAGUGGUUUGGAGACGGCAAGUUCUCCGAGGUUUCAGCAGACAAGCUGGACUCCCUCACUGCCUUCUCUAAGUUCUUCAGCCAGGCUUCGUACACCAAGCUGGCCUCCUACCGAAGGGCCAUCUUCCAGGCGGUAGAGAUGGCCAGCGUCAGGGCGGAGAAGACGUUUCCACCCUGCGAGACGGACAACCCCGAGGACCAGAUCAAACCCAUGCUGGACUGGGCCAACGGCGGCUUCCAGCCCAAAGGAGAAGAAGGACUCAAACCCACACGCAGCGCCAGCAGCAACCCGCUGGACCACCAGAUCCUCAACGUUUCCCUGCCAGAAUAUUUCCCCACCGCCAAGCGACCCAAAGUCAGCCCCGGCAAAACCAAAGCUGCGCCCGAAGAGCCCUGUAGCAGAGAACAAAUGGUGAAUGAAGUACGGAACAAGAAAAGAAGUAUAGAAGAGUUCUGCCUCUCGUGUGGAAAGAUGAGAGCAGCAACCUUCCACCCGCUGUUUGAAGGAGGCCUGUGCCAAACGUGUAAGGACGUGUACCUGGAGAUUUCCUACAUGUACGACGACGACGGCUACCAGUCCUACUGCACCGUCUGCUGCGGAGGCCGCGAGGUUCUGCUCUGCGGCAACGCCAACUGCUGCAGGUGUUUCUGUGUGGACUGUCUGGACAUCCUGGUGGACCCCGGAGCGUCCAACAACGCCCGGUACCAGGACCCUUGGCGCUGCUACAUGUGCCAGCCGCUGCUGCAGUACGGCGUCCUGAAACGGCGCCACGACUGGAGCCUGAAGCUGCAGGAGUUCUUCGCUAACGACAACGGCCAGGAGUUUGAAAAAACAAAGAUUUACCCAGCAGUCCCUGCAGAGCAGCGAAGACCAAUCAGAGUCCUCUCACUGUUUGACGGCAUUGCUACUGGCUACCUGGUUCUAAGGGAUCUGGGUUUUAAGGUGGACCAGUAUGUGGCGUCGGAGGUGUGUGAGGACUCCAUCUCUGUGGGUGUGGUCAGACAUGAAGGAAAGAUCCAGUACGUCCAUGAUGUCAGGAACAUCACCAGGAAAAAUAUUCUGGAGUGGGGUCCGUUUGACUUGGUGAUUGGAGGAAGUCCCUGCAAUGACCUCUCCAUUGUGAAUCCUGCCAGAAAAGGCCUGUAUGAAGGCACAGGGAGGCUGUUCUUUGAGUUUUACCGUCUGUUGAGCGAGACCAAGCCUAAAGAAGGAGAAGACCGGCCGUUCUUCUGGAUGUUCGAGAACGUGGUGGCCAUGGGCGUCAACGAUAAGAGGGACAUCUCCCGAUUCCUGGAGUGUAACCCUGUAAUGAUCGACGCCAUCGAGGUCUCUGCUGCCCAUCGCGCCCGAUACUUCUGGGGGAACCUGCCGGGCAUGAACAGGCCUCUCUGCGCCUCCGGGAUGGACAAGCUGGAGCUGCAGGACUGCCUGGACCACGGACGAGUGGCAAAGUUUGGAAAGGUGCGAACCAUCACUACUCGCUCCAACUCUAUCAAACAGGGAAAAGACCAGCACUUCCCGGUCUUGAUGAACGGGAAGGAGGACGUCCUGUGGUGCACGGAGCUGGAGAGGAUUUUUGGAUUCCCUGUGCACUACACCGACGUGUCCAACAUGGGCCGCGGCGCCAGGCAGAGGCUUCUGGGCCGGUCCUGGAGCGUCCCUGUUAUCAGGCACCUGUUUGCACCGCUCAAAGAUUAUUUUGCCUGCGAAUAGCCAGCAGCCCGUUCCCUCAGGAAAAUGCAACAGGACUUUUAUUUGACAUAUUGGCGUAGAGAAAAAAAACAAAACAAAAAAGGGACCAGAAGAGGUUUCACUCUGUUAGGCACUGCUGCAUGGAGAGAGUUACUUUUAUUCAACCCAGAGCUGCAGGAAGGUGAGAGUAGCUGUUAUUGGAUUCUUCCAAAGCUGGUACCAUUGGAUUCUUCUGCGACUGCAGAUUGCAGAGCUGCAUAAUUCCCAUUUUACUCUGAGACAGCAGCUCGCCUCUAGCCUGCCAAGGUCAGGCAACAAACUGAUAACCUCAUCCAGAGCCAGGUCCUGACAGCUAAUUGACCUUCCUGAAAACUACUCCGAGUUGAGAAAAAUAACGAAUCAUGAGGCCAAUUGUGCUGCCGGUAAAAUGGGAACAAACCACUCCUUUUACAUAGUGGCAUUUCCACUUGAUAUACGCAGUUGGAACCGAGCUGUCCUCAAGGGUUAAUAACUUAAAUACCUACCAUGAAGCAGUUUGGAGGUGGGAAAUAAGUGAAUAAGCUACAGAUUAUUGGUUCACAGGUCAAAAUUGAUCUGAAUUAGCAAGAAAAGGGGAUGCAAGGGAGCACCUAUUGGUAUUGGACAGGAAAAAGUGAAACUGCGCUACAUAUAAAUCUUUCCAGAAUCCCAGUUAAAAAGUUCUGAUUUGAGGUUUAAAGUCCAGUGGGUCGCCUGCAGCCCAAAACCCCUGGUCCUGUUCAAAAGUUUGGAUCUAGAAGAUAGUUUGAAACACUGUUUUAGAAAACUUCCCGCUGGUUCUGCAAGAUCCACCGUUGGCUGGCGUGGUUCUGUUCAAGAAAGCAAAAAAAAUAUAUAAUGUGAAAUGCUUUUAAAAACAAAAGAUUAUUCGGUUUUCUGCUACUGAGCGACGUUAGGAAAAAAAAAAAACUUGUUCCAGUCAUUUCCACUGCUCCUCAGAGAUGGUUCUGUCUUUUAUUAAGGAGUCUGCACAUUUCUGAACAUCCUGUACUGUAUCCACCUCUGUAAGCUCGACGGGUUUUGCUGCCAGGUUGUUUUGAAGUGACCCUAAAUCUUAAAAGUGGUCAGCGAAUCAAAGCCAGCGGGCGUCAUCGGCCGCCGUGUUCGCCUCUUUGCAGAUUCUCGUUACGUACUGUAUCCACGGAAAAGGUUUACAAGGCGGAGGUAUUUCUGUUUGGACACACAAUGCUCAAGCCUUCAUAAGAACACUUUUUUUGUUGUUGCUUCUAUUUUUGUGAUGCUUUAAAGGGCUUUCCUGGAGCAGAUUCUUUUUUUCUUUCAUUUUCGCAUUUUAACCUCAUUGUUUCUUUAAAAAGUGCUCGUCUUCUGCUUUACACUAAAAAAAAGUAUUAGUUUGCUUUAGCUGCUCUUUUGCAGACGCUUUGCUUUUAGACAAACUCAUUAUAAAAGCUUGCUUGAGUUGCGUUUGUGUGCAGAUUAGGAGGCGUUUAUAGGAGUCUCACCUCAUGUAUGUGUGAACCACGUCGGCGUGUAUUUGUAGACUAGCAAACUCGUCCAUAUCUGCAGAGUGUUUUUAGGACUUUACGUUAUUUUUUGUAUUACGGCAUAUUUUGUUUCCUAUUAAUCUCAUGUUCAAAGCAUUUCAGACCAAGAGAUUUUGAGUUAUUCUUUUUUACAUUUUGUUUUGUAACAGUUUAGAGGAAAACGUUUGUGUACUACUUGUAGCUACUUUUGUAAGGUUUAUAUAAUAAAAAGCAGCCUUGCUGCACAAAACACAAA